GGGAGCGCUCUGGCGGAGCUUAAGCGGCGCAGGGGCGGAGUUUGGCGCGUUGGCGGAGCUCGGGUGGACCUCGUCGCGGGGGCGAAGCUCGGCGCAGAGCUCGGGUUGGAGGCGGGGAGCUCGACGCGGCGUUCGGGCGGGGAGGCGGAGGCGGGAGGUGGAGCUCGGCGCGGGGCCGCAGCUAGGGCGGGAGGCGGAGCUCGGUGCGGGGCCGCAGCUCGGGUGGGAGGCGGAGCUCGACGUCGAGCUCUGGCGCGGGCGGAGCUCGGGUGGAUCUCCCGCAGCGCCGAGGCGCGAAGGGCGCCACCCUCUGCUCGCUCCUAGCUCCUGGCGGAGAGCCGCACGCAGUCGCUGCAGCUUCUGGGCGCCUCUGCUCGUCUUGGUGAAGGUCGUUGGAGGUCCUGUCGUUCCUGGCUCCUCUCGGUGGAGGAGGAUCCUGCCGGCAUGGCGCCAUCUACAGCUCUGCUCAUCUCGGUGGCUGGUGGUCAUGAUUUUUUUUCUUUUUUUGAUGAAGGUGGCCACAGGCCAGGCAUUGGCGAUAAGGCCGAAGGUGGACGGGAAGACGUGCAAAAGAACUAGACACUGGCAGGACUUGCACCUCCUGCAAAUCCCCACUCGGCGCCCCUCGCGCGACGAGCUCGAGAUGGAGCGAGCCAGGAAGAAGGCCGCUGACGAGGAGGUGGAGUACGAGGACGACACUAUCGCACGCCCAGUCGUCAAUGUGGUGCGACUCCAGGUGCGACUCCACUACGGCGAGGUCACCGAGGCCACCACCGUGCUGCUGCUAUCGAUAGUGCGGGAGGCCAUGGAGUCCGUACCCAGGCGGAUCAAGAUGGACUUGGACCUCGGCAUCGUUGAGGUGGACAAGGCGUUGGCGCGGUGGGCGUCGUGCCUGGAUGGGGCCUUGUCGCGCGGCCGUGGAGGAGGCGGUCGUGGUCAAGCUGGCUGACGGGCGCAGGCUGCUGUGGCAAACGGCGAACCGGAGCCGAAAGGAGGUGGCGGAGUAGGGGCUUUACAUCCUCGAGAAGGCCGGCCGGCUUGUGGUGGAGAGAGCGAGAAAGUUGGCUGAGCAGAGCAUCACCACUGCCGCCACCAAGAUGUUGAUCGUGGUACGGCCACCCAGCAGGGAUGAGGACAACAUGAUCAGCCAUGAGGAGUGGGACUGAUAUGGAGGGGUUUAGGAAGGGUUUUGAAGAUGUUAACCAAAUUAUACUUUGUUUUUUGAGGGGCAAAAGAGUCUUUUCCGUGGCUAUUUAACUCUAUCGUAACAGGUUAUGGACGAUU